UUCCUCCUCCUCCUGCGCAGAGGAGAUCUGCCCCUUCGAUCCAGCUGCCCAGCCCGUCCGUUGAAAGGGAGGCUUGCCCGCGCCAGCUGGAGACUCCAGGCCCUCUCCCGCCUCCCAUCCGCCCAGUUCCUCGGUCCGACCUUCCGACCCUCCGUGCGUCAGUCGGUCCGCGCGCUCGCGGGCGGAGUGCAGCCGCUACAGAGGGACGCUCCCGGAGAUGAAGAGCAAAGCACUGCUCCUGGUGGCCCUGGGAGUGUGGCUCCAGAGUCUGACCGCCUCCCGCGGAGGGGUGGCCGCCGCCGGGGGAAAGAGAGAUUUUAGAGACAUCGAAAGUAAGUUUGCCCUAAGGACCCCCGAGGACACAGUGGAUGACAAUUGCCACCUCAUCCCCGGAGUGGCAGAGUCUGUGGCUAACUGCCACUUCAACCACAGCAGCAAAACCUUCGUGGUGAUCCAUGGCUGGACGGUGACAGGAAUGUAUGAGAGUUGGGUGCCCAAGCUUGUGGCAGCCCUGUACAAGAGAGAACCAGACUCCAACGUUAUCGUGGUGGACUGGCUGAUGCGGGCGCAGCAGCAUUAUCCCGUGUCUGCAGGCUACACCAAGCUGGUGGGAAAUGACGUCGCCAGGUUUAUCAACUGGAUGGAGGAGGAAUUUAACUAUCCUCUGGACAAUGUUCACCUCUUGGGAUAUAGCCUUGGAGCCCACGCUGCUGGUAUUGCCGGAAGUCUGACCAAGAAGAAAGUCAACAGGAUUACUGGCCUGGAUCCAGCUGGACCUAACUUUGAAUAUGCUGAAGCGCCUAGUCGCCUUUCUCCAGAUGACGCGGAUUUUGUAGACGUGUUACACACAUUCACCCGUGGGUCACCUGGCCGAAGUAUUGGAAUCCAGAAACCAGUGGGGCAUGUGGAUAUUUACCCGAAUGGAGGCACUUUUCAGCCAGGCUGUAACAUUGGAGAAGCUAUUCGCGUGAUUGCAGAGAAAGGCCUUGGAGAUGUGGACCAGCUAGUGAAGUGCUCCCAUGAACGUUCCAUCCAUCUCUUCAUUGACUCCCUGUUGAAUGAAGAAAACCCAAGUAAGGCCUACCGGUGCAACUCAAAGGAAGCCUUUGAAAAGGGGCUCUGUCUGAGCUGCAGGAAACACCGCUGUAACAAUCUGGGCUACGAGAUCAACAAAGUCCGGGCCAAGAGAAGCAGCAAAAUGUACCUGAAGACUCGCUCUCAGAUGCCCUACAAAGUCUUCCAUUACCAAGUGAAGAUCCAUUUUUCUGGCACUGAAAAGAGUAUGCAUACCAACCAGCCAUUCGAGAUCUCGCUGUACGGCACGGUGGCGGAGAGUGAGAACAUCGCUUUCACCCUGCCUGAAGUUUCCACCAACAAGACAUACUCCUUCCUAAUUUACACCGAAGUGGAUAUAGGAGAACUGCUCAUGCUGAAGCUCAAAUGGAACAGCGAUUCUUACUUCAGCUGGUCAGAGUGGUGGAGCAGCCCUGGCUUUGCGAUUGGGAAGAUCAGAGUAAAAGCAGGAGAGACGCAAAAGAAGGUGCUCUUCUGUUCCCGGAACAAAGUGGCUUAUUUGACGAAAGGAAAGGAACCGGUGGUGUUUGUGAAGUGCCAUGACAAGUCUGUGAAUAAGAAGUCUGGCUGAAACCCAGCACAACUCCUGAGCAAAGAACGGCAUGUGGAUUCUGCAAGGAAAGAAGUGGAUGAAAUAACUUUUACAAAACACCCAAGGUUCUGGGUGUUUUAAAAAAGUGGAUUUUCCCGAGUAUUAACCCCAGCUAUAUCUUUAUUAGUUCUUUUAGGACACAGUCUCAAAUACUUUGAACAACAAAAAAGUGGCUAAUUUCAUGUGAGGACUAUGGUGGCCAAACAGCACACCCUCCUCCAUGUUCAACGACGGCCGAUAGGAAUAUAUAAAUACACUUUCGACCUUUGAGAAGGAAAUGAGGAGUUGUUCGGGCCAAGAGCAGACUAAGGCUCCUUCAGGCAGUUCAGUUAGGCAGAGCCUAAAAUGUAGUCGAAUUUCCUAUUUCAAUUGGAGUUGUAGGCUUUCUGAACUGAUGCCUUCCCAAAGCUUUCUCAAAUGGUUCUCUGAGGCAUGAGGCAGAAGUGAGCAGACUAGUGAUGGACUUAUCAGUAGGUUUUGUUUCGUUUUGUUUUGUUUGGGGGGGAUGUUUCCCUUCCUGCCACUGGCAUGUAGCCAAGUUAACCAGGAUGGAGUGAUUGGGAGAGUGGGGUUGAUAAAGCACUGACCCUUUCGUGUUGUGAUCAAUUAGUCCUUAAUCUCUCUGCACUCCCAAUUUGUUCUUUUGUCUCAAGAUUGUACUUUAACACUUUAACCUUGUUGUCUGAGAGGUGUUUCAAAUAUGCUUGUAACUCUCCAAGAAUACAUAACUUGGGCUGUGGAGCAAGAAAAUGAGACCAUGCCUCUAUGAUCAGAUUUUUUAAAUUAAAUUUAUCAACUUGAAGGCCUGAGAGAUUCCAUCUUAUUCUUCCAUGAGGUUUGCUCCAGUCUUAACUUCAACCCACCUCUUUCCUUUCUGGAUUUUAGCUAGAAAAUAUGUGUUCGAUUUCUAAAUUUGAACAUCUGGAUUCUGACAAAUUUCCCACAAGGACCAUUUUUACGAAACAAUAAGACGGACAAGUCACUGGGUGCUAUUCCCAAGCAGUGUGCACCAGCCAUUAUGUGCAAUGGAAAGAGUGCUUGAUUGCCGCAGCCAUGAAAGGGCCAAGAAGGCUGUUGUUGUUUUUAACAACUAAUAAAGAGUGAGUGAUCACUUAUUUAUAAACUGCAUUUCAUACUUUCAGAAUGUUUUUCUUUCUAUUAACACAGAAUUAUAAAGGAGUCAAUUAGCUCAGAGGCUUUUGCGGAGAACCCAAACUGUGAAAGUGUGUGGGGGCCUGAGCCCAUAGUCAUAGAAGUGUCUCCCAUGCUUGUCAGGCAGCACGAUUUGGAGGGCAGACCAGCAAGGGCUGGAUGGCAACACAUUAGAGCUGAACAAGCUCCACAGGUGGUGGGCCCUCAGCGCUUUACCUGAGAAAUACGGCUGCACCUAUAUGGGCAAGGGCAACUGUUUUGAGGGAUACCAGCGGGCUUGGGACCCAUUCUCUGACAAUAAAAUGAUGUGCCAUCUGUUGUUGGCACCCACCUUGACUGUUAA